AGAAAUGCGAACUCACAAAUCACACUCAUUUUUGGUAAAGCCGUCUUGUUCAGGAAUAGUAGUUAGCGAACCGCAAUUUUGGUGUGUACACGCCUUUACAGUGAGAACUAAACUGACAUGACACAUGACUGACAUUUGUCACACAAUUUAUGACAUUGACAUUUAAUAUUCAUUUGAAAGUGGUGAUGUGGAGAUGUGGAUGGUGAAAGGUGAAUGUUAUUUGUUAUUAAUUUUUUAUAGUUAUAGAUGAAUAGAUGUUAUAUCAACGAAUGUAGAAUCGUAGAGAGUAUUAUGUUCCCAAUUAUUAUAUUAUAUUCCCAAACAAAGGAAUUAUUGGAAACUUAUUUAAUAUGUCUGAUGUCAAGAGUGGUGAUGCCAAAAGACACCUUUAGGGUUUCCUUUGAAACUUUAUCAGUGACUUUGCUGUUUUGACGUAAACAUUAAACUGAAAUCGGUACAUAAAAUCAAAUUUUAUAACAUGGAAGUAAAACAAGAAACUAGUGAGAAAACUUGUAAAAUAAAAAUAGAUACUGACACCUGUGUUGAUCCUUUGGAUGCCUUCAAAAUUGAAAUAAAGGAAGAACCCAAGAAAGAAAUUGCUGCAGAUCAAGCAUUUGAUUAUUUGAACUUUAAUGAAUUCCCUGUAAACACUAAAGUAGAACAAGAUGAAUAUAAAUUUACACCAUUUGAAGAAAAGCAAGCAAAUGAAGCAAGUUGUUCCCAGGAGGAAAACGCAACGGACAUUAUGGAAACGGUAGAUUCGUCUCAUAAAGAUAAAUAUACAGGACAACACAUGGAAGGAACAUUAUUAAAUACAAAUUUGGAAUCUAUAACUGGAAAAAGACCUUACACAUGUGAAAUCUGUUUCAAGCAGGUUUCUCAACUAUGUCACUUGAAAUCACAUUUGAGAACCCACACUGGAGAAAAACCUUAUAAGUGUGAAAUUUGUUUUAUGCAGUUUUCUCAAGUAAACAAUUUGUACUCGCAUUUCAGAACGCACACUGGAGUAAAACCGUACAAGUGUGAAAUUUGUUUAAAGCAAUUUGCUACAGCAAGUCAGUUAACAAGACAUGUGAGAAUACACAGUGAAGAAAAACCGUAUGAGUGUGAAAUUUGCAGUAAGCGGUUUUCUCGGACAAGUCAUUUAAAAACACAUUUAGGAAAUCAUACUGGAGAAAAACCGUAUAAGUGUGACAUUUGUUCAAGACAAUUUACUACAUCACAUCAUUUGAAAAGACAUUUGGAAAUUCACAGUGAAGAGAAACCUUAUAAGUGUGAAGUUUGUUCAAAACAAUUUUCUCAAUCAGUUAAUUUGAAAGUACAUUUGAGAUUGCACACUGGUGAAAAACCUCACAAGUGUGAAAUUUGUUCGAGGCAAUUUAUUACUAGUAGUGAGUUGAAAAGACACAUAAGAGUGCAUACUGGAGAGAAACCGCAUGAGUGUGAAACUUGCUUAAAGCGGUUUAUUACUACAAGUGAUUUGAAAAAACAUUUGAAAGUGCACACCGGAGAAAAACCACACCAGUGUGAAAUUUGUUUAAGGAAGUUUAUUACUACAAGUGAUUUAAAAAUACAUUUGAGAGUACACACUGGUGAAAAACCAUACAAGUGUGAAACUUGUUUAAAACGAUUUAGUACAAAUGCUCAUUUAAAACGACAUUUGGGAACACACACUGGAGAAAAACAUCACAAGUGUGAAAUUUGUUUUAAGCAGUUUAAUGCUGCAAGUCAGUUGAAGAGACACACGAAAACACACACUGGAGGCAAGCCUUACAAGUGUGGGAUUUGUUUAAAGCAAUUUACUACUAAAAGUAAUUUAAAAACACAUUUAGAAAAGCAUACUGGAGAAAAACCGUAAAAGUGUGAAAUUAUGUUUAAUCCUUUCGCUGCGGAGGAUGCGUAUAUGCAACCUUCCAAAGUCGAGCCAUAUGUGGACAACGUACAACACUUAAGGAGGGGUAUGGUGGUAACGCGUUUUUGCUACCCUAACGAUGGGGUGAUUAACUGGAAGACACUAUAUUUCCCAUUAAUACUUUAUUAUUAUAGGUACAUUUAAUACUCGUUAAUAGUACCCAGUUGACGAUGGAAUGAACGUCCUUAGUCGAGGUGGCACUCUCUACAGUAACCCCAAUAUUAGACUGUUAGACUGCCCUAAAUAUUUCUGUGUAUGAAUACUUAUUGAUUACCUAUGUUUGUAAUACUUUCGUAUAUGUAUGUCAAGAUUAUUAUUUCAAUAAUAAUAUACAGAAAUGCAAUCUUGCACUAAUACCUA